AUGAGAACAAAUCAAGGUUCAAGUAAUGAUUUACUUAAUCGUUAAAAUCAAGCAAGAAGAGAAAUUGAUCCUUCAGUACCUAAUUCUCCUAAUGCUUGGAGAGAUAUGACUAUUUAAGCUGGUUUUGUAUCAAGAGAAAAAUAUAAUUAAUUAAAGGAACUCAAUUCAAAAUUGAAAGUAAGAACACUCUCUCAACAGCAUAGGCAGCUUUGAGAGAUUACAUGUAAGAGGGCAAAGAUUAAAAUAAAAUACUACAGUUGAAAGAAGAAAUGAUAUAAAAAUAUGAGAGAGAGAGAUUAGAUUGGUAAACUAAAGGAAAUGAAGUUUUGAAAACAUAAUUAAAUGAAAUGAAAAUCAAGGUUCAAAAGAAGAAAACGAAAAUCAGAUUGUUAAAGGAUUAAUCAAAAGUCUUUGAUACAAAACUAGAAGAAUAAAAAGGCUAAUUUUAGGUUGAAUUGGAUAGGGUUUAACGACUCUCUGACACUUUAGCAAAUGAAAUGUAUUAAUCUUUAAUUAUGAAUUAGCAAGGAUCAUGAAAAAAGGUUUUCAUUAUUGAAAGAUGAAAAUUCAGUUAUAAAAUAAGCUUUUAUUUCCAAAGAAGAAUAAUGUAAAUAUCUUGAAAUGGGAAUAAAGGAUGAUAAAUAAACCAUAUAACUUUUAGAAUCAAAAAUAAAAGAAUAAUAUGAAGAAAAAAAAAUUUUAUAAUUAACAAUUGAUAAUUUAAAUACUAAAAAUGAAGAUUUUGAAAAACUUAUUAAAACUAAUGAAGAACGCUAUUAAUUAGAUUUAAAUAAAUUUUAAUCAGAUAAAUUGUAAUAACAACAAGAUUUAAAUUUAUAAGUCAAUAAAAAGAAGGAAAAGAUAAAAAAUAUGGCCAACCAAAUUUAGUAAUUAGAAAAUUUACUUAGUUAAUAAUAGAAAUAAGAAUUUACAUUAAAUAAUGCAAUUUCAGAUAAAUAAUAAGAAAAUAUAAAAUUAUAAGCUCAUUUAGAUGAUCAAAGAAAUAAAACUGAUUUAGCGUUAAAAGAAGCAAAUUAUAAAGUUUAAGAAGUUUAGGAAUUGAAAUCAAAAUUGGAAUAGGGAAAUUCUUUAGUUUAAAAAUAUGAAGAUAAAUUAUCUUAAUUUGAUAGACAGUAUUAAUUAGAUUAAGAAGAAAAAGCAGAACUUCUACAAGAAAUAGAUUAAUUAAAUUAAGAUAAUAGAAGAUUAUAGUAAUUACUUUAUGAAUUAGAUAAUGAUAUAUCUUAUUUAAAUUAAUAGCAUUUAGAAGUAAUAUUAUUUGUAAAUUCAAAUAGAAAUAAUAAUAAAUAGAAUAGAAAGUAGAAUUGUUGCAACAUUAAUUGAAUUAUACUCAAAAUGAAUUGAUUGAAUCAAAUAGAUUAAUAUAAGAGCUGAAAAAGUAAUAAGUUGUUAAUGAGUAAUAGACAGAAAUCUAUAAAAAUAAAUAUAUAAAAUCAAAAUAAUGUUAGAAAACAUUAUAGAAUGAAUAAAAAUAUGUAUAAAUUGAGAUCUAAUAAAAGUUAGAGGAUAAAGUGAAAUUGAUAGAGAAUGAGAAAAUUUAGGAAGAGAAGGAAGCAUUAAAGACAAAAGAUUAUAUUAUGCAUUAAAGAUAAGUGUAAUAGAGUAAAAUCAGGGUGCUUGAUGACAUUUAAAAUAUGAUAAAACAACAUAAAAAAACAAAUAGUUGA